AUGACGAACCUUCACGCCUCGACAGAAAUGAAGAGGGAUUCUGGUGAAGAAGAGACCAAACUUAAUGAGGACUCAGAGAAGAAAACAGAAGAAGUCAAAGCUGAGGUGGUGACACUGUUGAUGCAACACAAGAAACAGCUGGAGAACGUAGGAGACAGACUUCGAUCACAGCUGGAGGACCAAGAGUGGAGCGAGAAGGACACGACUAUGACAACCAGUCAGUAUCAGCUAAUUGGUCCGACUCAGCCAAUAGUGGCCAUGAUUGGUGAUGACAUCGAGUUGCCAUGCCGCCUGGAGCCUGCGGUAGACGCUGUCGACCGGACGGUGGAGUGGUCCAGACUUGACGUGACGCCAAGAUUCAUCCAUUUAAGGCGAGGUGGCGAGGAGCUUCUGACGGAGCAGAAUCCAUCGUACAAGAGUAGAACAUCGCUGUCCAUUAGCAAGCUGAAGUCCGGAGACAUUUCCCUGAAACUCUCCGAAGUGAAACUCUCUGAUGCAGGAACAUACCACUGCCGUGUUGCUAAAUUUGAUACAGAGUCUGUGGUUGAGCUUGCUGUGGGUUCCAUUUCCGCACCCAGAAUAGAGAUUUCAAUGGAUCCCAAUGGAGUGGUGCUGCAGUGUGAGUGUGCAGGCUGGUAUCCAGAGCCUGAGGUGUUGUGGCUGGACGGUGAGGGAAAGCUCCUCUCUGCUGGACCUCCAGAGACAGUCAGAGGUCCUGAUGACCUCUAUACUGUCAGCAGCAGAGUGACUUUGGAGACAAGAAACAGCAACACCUUCAUCUGUAGAGUCCAGCAGAACAACAUCAGCCAGAGUAGAGACACACAGGUUCAUGUUUCAGCUGAUCUCUUUAUGGUCCACUCUAAUCUGCCUGCUCGCAUCACCAUCACGAUGUCAGCUUGUGUCUUGUCUGUUGCUGCCGUCGUAUUCAUUGCAUGGAAAUGGGGGCAAAACAAAACCACAACCAUGAGGCAAAGAGACGAUGAAAUUGAACUGGAAGAAAGACAACUGCUGACGACGAGCAACAGCGUCGAACUUGAGCUUCUAAGAGGCAAAGAGCCGUUAAUGUCUGGAAAGCAGAAAAUGGAGUAUUUGAAAAGGACAAAAGCAAUACUUGAUGACGAACGACAGAAGAAUGAAGAAGAAUUAGAACACGUGCAGCAGGUGAUUGAAGUGUUUAAAAAGCAGAAGGAAGAGCUGAAGAAGCAGAAAGCGAAACUUCUCUCACUACAGCAGGAGGAGAAGAUGAAGUUAAAUGAGAUCGAGAAGAAGGACGAAGAAAAGUUCAGGAUGGAGAGUUCGAAAAAAAAGGAGAAGCGACAAAAGGCCAAACAGUCGACCACAUGGAAAAACAAAGAACACGAGGAACUGUUCGAGAGCACAGAGACACUUCUGGAAACAACAGAUGAAAUGAUUGUGACAAUGACAGAGAGGAAAGGAAAACUAGAGAAAAACAAGGAACAAAUUACGAAAAACCUUAAACACACAGAGCAGGAGAUAGAAAAGCUUCAGAGGAAACUGGAAGAGUCAGAAAGAAAAGAGAACAAAUAUGAUCCAUCACCCCAUGAACAAAGUACUGAACUCUUACAUGAGGAAAAUCAGGCAGAACCGGAGCAGCCAGAAGAACAGAACAACCCUUGA